AUGAUCACACUCGCCAUCGCGCUCGUCGCGCUCGUCGCACUCUACCUGUACGGCACGCGCAACUUCUCUUACUGGCAGAAGAAAGGAGUCAAACAUGACAAACCAAUUGCUUUCUUCGGGAACAACGUAGCAUCCUACCUCAUGAAGAAAAGUAUUACACAGAUGGCUGUCGAUGCGUACUGGAAAUAUCCAAAGGAGAAGGUAGUAGGAUUUUAUCGAUCUACGUCUCCAGAGCUCGUGAUUCGUGAUCCAGAGAUAGUAAAACGCAUACUUAUAACCGACUUCCAAUACUUCUAUCCUCGAGGCUUGAACGUGCACAAGACAGCUAUUGAGCCUUUGAUGCGGAACUUAUUUUUCGCGGACGGCGACCUUUGGCGUAUGUUGCGGCAGCGCAUUACCCCUGCAUUCACAAGUGGCAAGCUGAAGGCGAUGUUCCCACUGAUCGUGGAGAGGGCUGAGAAGCUGCAGGCGCGCGCUCUCUCUGCCGCCACCGCCAACCGCGAGAUGGACGCACGCGACCUGAUGGCGCGGUACACUACGGACUUUAUUGGCGCAUGCGGUUUUGGUCUUGAUGCUGAUUCGCUCAAUGAAGAAGAUUCCGCCUUCAGAAAAUUAGGAGUAUCCAUAUUCGAUUUUAAACCAAAAGAUGUUUUUGUAGCCAUGCUUAAAGAAAUGUUCCCGGAAGCGUGUAAGAAUUUAAAAUAUUUAGAAAGAUUGGAAAAGCCGAUGUUUGAAUUGGUUACAGCAAUACUAAAACAGAGGAAUUACGAGCCAGUGGGGAGGAAUGAUUUUAUUGAUUUGUUGCUUGAAUGCAAAAAGAAAGGAAAAAUGGUAGUGGAAUCUGUAGAAAAAGUGAAUCCCGAUGGCACUGCGGAGACAGUUUCCAUGGAGUUGACGGAUGAACUUAUUGCGGCGCAGGUGUUUGUAUUCUUUGCAGCUGGUUUUGAGACGUCUUCCUCAGCGACCAGUUACACACUGCAUCAGCUGGCGUACCACCCGGAAGUACAGAAGAAGGUGCAGGACGAGAUAGACAGAGUGUUAGCGAAACACAACAAUAAGCUCAGCUACGACGCUAUCAAAGAGAUGACGUACUUGGAGUGCGCCUUUAAAGAAGGCAUGAGAAUGUUCCCAUCCCUUGGGUUUUUGAUGCGUCAAUCCGCGCACAAAUACACUAUUCCAGAGUUGGACCUCACGAUAGAUCCAGGCGUAAAUGUGGUAAUUCCCCUGCAAGCCCUGCACAACGACCCGCAGUACUUCGAGGAGCCGCACGUGUUCCGUCCUGAACGCUUCCUGCCCGACCAGGUGGACGAGAAAACCAAGUUCGUGUAUCUUCCCUUCGGCGACGGUCCUCGGGCUUGCAUAGGGCUUCGACUGGGUCUCAUGCAGUCGCUGGCGGGGCUGGCGGCACUGCUGUCCCGCUUCACGGUGGCGCCGGGUCCCUCCACGCUCCGCUAUCCGGUAGUAGAACCCAAGUCCGGCAUCGUACAGAGCAUCAAACACGGCCUGCCGCUUUCCUUCACGGUGAGGAACCCGGAAUCGGUGGCGACGACAUUGUGA